AGGGAAACCCUGCCUACCAUGUAGUGGUCAACAUGGGAAACUGGAGCACUGUGACUGAAUUCACACUAAUUGCCUUCCCAGCUCUCCUGGACAUUCGAAUAUCUCUCUUCUUGGUUCUUGUGUUAAUUUACACGUUAACAACAACAGGAAACAUCAUCAUCAUCUCCCUGAUACGAAUUGAUCAUCGUCUGCAAACUCCAAUGUACUUUUUCCUCAGUAAUUUGUCCUUUCUGGAUAUCUUAUAUACCACUGUCACUACCCCAAAGUUGUUAGCCUGCCUCCUAGGAGAAAAGAAAACCAUAUCUUUUGCUGGUUGUAUGACCCAGGCAUAUUUCUACUUCUUUCUGGGGACAGCGGAGUUUAUCCUCUUGGCGGUGAUGUCCUUUGACCGUUACGUGGCCAUCUGUGACCCACUGCGCUACACCGUCAUCAUGAACAGCAGGACCUGUUUCCUGCUGGUUCUGGGAUGCUGGGUGGGAGCCUUCCUGUCUGUGUUGGUUCCAACCAUGGUGGUGACACGGCUACCUUACUGUAGGAAAGAAAUUAAUCAUUUUUUCUGUGACAUUGCCCCUCUUCUACAGGUGGCCUGUAUAAACACUCACCUCAUUGAGAAGAUAAACCUUCUCCUCUCUGCCCUUGUCAUCCUGAGCUCCCUGGGAUUCACCUCUGGGUCCUAUGUGUACAUACUUUCCACCAUUCUGAGUAUCCCCUCCACCCAGGGCCGUCAGAAAGCUUUUUCUACCUGCGCUUCUCACAUCACUGUUGUCUCCAUUGCCUAUGGGAGCAACAUCUUUGUGUAUGUGAGACCCAAUCAGAACUCCUCACUGGAUUAUGACAAGGUUGCUGCUGUUCUCAUCACAGUGGUGACCCCUCUCCUGAACCCUUUUAUCUACAGCUUGAGGAAUGAGAAGGUAAAGGAAGUGUUGAGAGAGACAGUGAACAGAAUCAUGACCUUGAUACUAAGGAAAACUUGACACUACUAUAUACUACAUAUGUCAUAUAGGUUUUUUUUUUUAAUUUAUUUUGUUAAGUUCCAGAGU